UUAAGUCACAAGUUGUGUUUUUUUUCUUACAAACUUUAAUAUAACUGCAUACUCUACUUUUCUCGAUGCUGUAAACCAGCGCGCAAUGCAGUGUUAUAGUCCACAGAGGUGUUAUAGUCAACAGAGGUGGAAAAAACAAGGAAGUACAGACCAUAGUCCAUAGACUGUAUGGUACAUACUCAGACACGGCAAGGAUGGCUCUGCGGGCGGCUGGAAGUCGCUUGUGGUACCUUCAGAGGAAUAAUUUCAAGACGGUCUCCAUCCAAACACUUGGAUUUGUCAGAUUCAAGGGAACCUGUCCAGUUGAGGUGAGCCAUCUGGACCAUUUGGUGCUAACAGUGAAAAGUGUGCCAGACACCAUCCACUUUUACACCACAGCUCUGGGCAUGGAGGUCGUCACUUUUAAGGGAAACCGUAAAGCUCUUGGGUUUGGGAAACAGAAGUUUAACCUUCACCAGCUGGGCCAGGAGUUUGAGCCUAAAGCCAAGCAUCCAACCUCAGGCUCUGCAGACCUGUGUAUCAUCACCAAAACCCCUCUGGCUACAGUAGCUGCACAUCUGAAGGUCUGUGGAGUCCAGAUUGAGGAGGGUCCAGUGGAGAGGACUGGAGCCGUGGGGACGAUCACCUCCCUGUACUUCAGAGAUCCAGACGACAAUCUCAUUGAAGUGUCAAACUAUAACCAUACAUCAGAAGGGUCAUGUUAGGACUGCGUGUGAAUGCUUUUAUCACUGCACUAACUGUUACACCUACUUUGCAUAUAGUGUUCAGCUGUGAAGAUGGGGUAGAUAACAUCAGUUGGCUUUGCAAAGACACAGUUUCUAUGUAGUUCUGCUCAGCAGUGACUGCUAUUUUAAUGAUGUGUGAAAAAGCUUACAUUUUUUUAUGUUAGUACAUUUAAUUCAGCAUAAAAAGUGAAAAAUUCAACACCUGAAAAUGUUUAGUAAUGUAUGUUAAGUAUACUCAAAUGGGUGUGUAAGAAGACUAUCUUUACUAUGUGAAGGAAAACCAGAGUUAUAAGAAACAUUGCUUUUUCUGCUGAAAAUAAAUAGUUCUUCCACCUCCUA